AUGUCUAAUGAUCCAAAACUUCUCUACGCUGUAGAAGGCAUCAAUGCCUAUCACAUCACCAAUGGCAAAGAAAAGCCCCUCACUCCUUCGGGGCCCCAGACGCUGUCGCUUCUGAUGGUCCCGACCUCAUCUGGCUUUGUUGAGCCUGCAGGAAAUGGCUCCGGCGAAGAGGACUUUUACCUUCACCUUCAUCUCCCUCCCGAGCUUGACCUACCUCUUCCCGCCACGACCCAGAUCUACCACCAGCCUCCUACAAGCUACUUGAUUCCUCGUUGGGACCUUGGCCCUGAUAGCGGCGCCUUUACACGCAUCGAAUUCCCUCCUGCCAACUCUCGGUCCGGUGUUCAGGAAGAUGUCGACACUUUCGAGACUAUCCUUGCCCAGUGCACUGCUUUCCUCGAACGCUCAGCUCCUCCUCACCCGCCACGAUCCUCCGAAAAGGCACAGGCCAAGGCACGCGAAGCUGCUGGGGAACAGCUCCCUGCUUACAACCCAGCCGACUACACUCCUGGGGAGAAUUAUGCUCAGGGUAGCCAGAGCGCAAAUAGUGCCGGCCGAAUCGUUCUUAUCGACGAGGAAGAUGGUAGUGUUCUCGGAGAAUUGACCGACAGCUAUCAGGUGGUGGAAGAUAAAAGGAUCAAGCCUGGUUCCAAAGAGCCCGUCGAGAUUUCCCUUCCUACCGAUGGUGGCCAGAACAUCUCUGUCCAGCCUGCCUCGCAGUCAUGGGCUGAAAUGGACAUGCACCCUGCGUACAAAAAGUCAACUCUUGUAAGCAGCGCAAGCAAGGCGUCUCGGCUCAUCGUUACCACAUCCGACAUUGUUUCCAGAACGCUCCAAAGCCAGGCCGACAACUUUACCCAAAAGACAAAGCCCAAUGCCAAGCCUGUCACCUUUGCUCCCACUACACACGAACAUAUUCGCCGAAUCAACACAUUUUCCAACAGGGCAGCUACUUUCUCGGCCACUACGGUCGGUACCAUCGGUAACUUGGCACAGAAUCUCGGUGCAACCGUCACCCGCCGUAAGGAUGGACGGGCUAGAGGCUACGACAAGGACGGCCAGGCGAUUGACACCUAUAAACCAGGUGUGCUCAACAAGAGCUUGAUGGCCUUCAACACUGUUGUCGAUGGCAUCGAACAGGCUGGUCGCACCCUACUUACUGGCACAUCAUCCAGUGUGACAACUGUUGUUGGUCACCGCUGGGGUGCUGAAGCUGGCGAGGUGUCGCGCAACCUUGGUGGCGGUGUCAAGAACGUUGGACUCGUCUACAUUGACGUUACAGGUGUGUCUCGGCGUGCCAUUCUCAAGAGUGUCGCAAAGGGCAUGGUGGUGGGUAAGGUCAGGGGCGGCGGCGAGAUUAUUGUUGGUGGUACAGACAACGAGCUCAUCGAGGCAAGACAAGGCAAUGGACAAGGGCCACAAAGCACAUAUGGCGACAAUGUCAGCGUCGCCAAUGGCAAGAAGCCCGCUUAA